AUGAACGUUACAAAACGGCUUAUCCUAGAGGAGCUGAAAGCGUUGAAAGAAUUUCUCUUCGACACAGGCCUAAGCAAUCCUGUGUGGGUCCUUCUGGUGCCCCUCGUCUGUGGUCUCUUCGCCUCACAGAUUCUAUGGAUGAUCUAUGUUCUGUGGCUGGAGCGACCUAUAGUAGUGAACCAAAGGCACGUGGAGGAAGAGGAGGCUGAAAUCAGGGGUGACGUGGAGGUAGCAAAGAUGGAAGAUGUCAAGGAAAGAGGGGAAUCGAAGGAGAAAGUAGAAAGUGAGAAUGAUGGUGAUGCAAAGUCUCCGUUUACUCCAGCACGUUACAAGGCGCAACCUCCGUUGGCUGUAGCCUCAAUUUUUCCUUUAUCCUUGCCAAACGUUCAGUUGAGUUACUUGAAUUCCUCGUUCAGUGAGCCAACUGAGCGGAAACAAGACGAACGAAGUCGUGACAUCAUGGUCAAUGCUGACAGUAGCAGGAGGGAGAACAGAGAAUAG